AUGGUCACCGCCUACUGGAUUGUACAGAGCGCUACAGGUAAGCCGGACAUGACUAGACUGGAUCUAUUAUCUUCGAGUUUUCUGUCAUCUUCGAGUUUCGUCUUCGAGUUUCGAAAUUCUCACAAAAUUGACUUGACUUCAACAAUGCAGAUCACAGCUGACACAAUUAUCAGAACAGCUUCCAUCUACCAAGGGCUUACAGCGAGAGCAGUCAACCAUGAGGCCUAUCGCUAUCAGCGGACAUUUCGUGGCUGUUUUGGUGUGGCUCCUCAUCUUGCGGCAGAACUGUGGAACAUGCUGGACGAUGAAGAUCCUCUGAGUGACAUUCGCUGGGUAUCCUACUUCCUGGCCACACUCAUGUUCCUCAGGACAUACACUGUCACAGCUGUAUUGGCCAUGAUCUUUAUGAAGGAUGAAAAGACGAUUCGGCACUGGGUGUGGGUGUUCAUUGAGAAGAUCGCGAGCUUGGACUUGGUGAGCCAUGAGCAAGCUUUCUUCUUCACUUUUAUCAAUCGCCGUCUUCAUCAACAGAGAGCCCUCACCAUGUACAUGUUGCAAUCCAACACCACUCCUCCAGAUCAGAUGGGAGUACCGACGGAUGAAUGA